CGUGUCAGUGGAUUAUUUUCUCCAUUCGGUACAUGUCAUUUUGGAGUAAUCAGUUAUUUGUGCGAUUAUGAUGUGGAAUAUUGAUGGAAUAAUUAUUAAUCAGUGAAUAUGAGUGAGAUAUUGGACCUACAGAGUAUUGAGAAUGAUGAAUUCUUCAGACAAUUCUUGGACCCAGAAUCAACCCAGAACGACGCAACAAAGCUCCUGACAGUGUCUCAGCAAUUGAAAAAACUCACGGAGGCCCUGGAAGUCCUCGACACCGAGAUUCACAAACAAGUAUUAGCGAACCACGAGGAUUUGCUGUCGCAGGUGACAUGGGUGGAGAAAAUCGAGGGAGUCCUCUCGAUAAUGCACACCCACGUGCAGAGUCUCCUGUCAGCGGUGGAACGUCUCCGUUCGAAGCUAGUGGAGCCCUUCAACCGAAUAGAAGCUCAAGCGAUAGUUCUCACUCGCCUCCACGAGACGACAGACCUCCUGAGGAGAGUUGGGAGGGUCCAGCACCUGUUACAUUCCCAGAAGCUUCAUUCUCAAAUAAGCAAUGCAAGCCAGAGCUCGGACAUCAUAAAAUCAGCGAAGAGUCUCCACGAACUGGAACAACUGAUGUCAGACACUGAUCUCAGUGGAUUGGACAUUGUGGCUGACGAUCAGCAAGCGGUGAAGACUCUCAAGGCUUCGGUCCAGAGGAUAGCUACCCACUCACUGACCCAAGGACUGCAACAGGCUGACAGCAGUCAGGUGGGAACGGCAAUCCAAGUCUUCGAGAAUCUGGGGAUGCUGAAGAAGGCGGUGGAGAGGACCGAGGAGACUGCCCUGGGGGAUAUAGAGAGAGUGGCGAGGGACGCUCUGGACAUCUCUGUUUUGUCGAACCAGGAUGUCAAGCGAGGGGCGCCAGGAAGAGCUGCUCUUCCCUCUCCAGGCACCUCCACAAACGUAAGAACGCGUCUCUGGGAGAACCUGGACCGUCUCUUCCAGGAGACGGUCUACUCGCAGUGCGUGCAGAUAGAGCUCCUCGAGCGAAUUCUCCUCGAGCACCACACGAAGGAGUUCAACGGUUUCUCCGGUUCCUUCUGGGACAAAGUGACCGCCCUCCUCUCGAGGAUCCUAAUCGAAAGAUCGCAAGGCUCGUCCUUCAUCAAACAAGCCCUCGAGGGCGAGUACCCCAAGUUCCUCCGCGUCUUCCUGGACCUGAAAAAACGCCUGAAAGAACGACCGCAGGCCAUCGGGACGUACAGCAUCAGCAGGGAAAUCCUGCAGCCCUUCGAGAACGCCUACCUCUCCCGCUCGAUCUCUCGCCUCCUGGACCCAGUCCACACCAUGUUCUCAUCAGACUCCUCUCCCUCGCAAGACGAGAUCGACAACCUGAUCCGAACAGUCACAAGUGAGCUCAGUGUGUCUCUCGUCGACGAGAGUCUCUCCACAGUCGUCGCCAAGAACGUGGGGAAAGCAGUGAGACUAUUCUGUCUGAAAUGCGAACAAGGACUGAUAACAGGGGGCGAGGCUAGCCAGGUAAUCGACGCUAUGACCCCAGGACAGCAGACGAACGUGAACCUGGCCAAUCUCCUCUUCUACCUGGCGAGUCAGACCAGCAGAGUUGUGGCGAAUCUGGCUGGAAGUCUCCCAGCAGAAGGUGCGAGUGUCAUUGCAACAGCCCUCGAGGACACCAACACCUUGACCAAGAACAUUCUGGCCCCUCUGAUGUCCUCCAUUACCGAUGCCAUCGAGAGCAUCAUCCUCACGAUCCACGAUGAUCCUGAGUUCAAGGAGACGUCCAGCCCCCUGGGGAGGGAGAUCAGCUGCUCGCUCUACAUGAGGGAGCUUCAGGGCUUCAUCCUGAGGGCAGUCACCACUUUUCUAGCUUCUUACAAGAAUCAGGGAGCUGUCGCUGAGAGCUGCAAUGCUGUUGCGUCCAGGUGCAUCGAGCUGUUCGUGAGGCACGCCUGUCUCAUCAGACCUCUGACUGACUAUGGUAGAGCCAAGCUGAUCGUUGAUUUCGGGCAGAUGGAGGUGGCACUGGCUCCUUUGUGCAGAGGGGGACAGCUGGGGCUCCUGGAGCAGCAGCAGUACAGGACCCUCAGGGCUCUGAAGGGUUUGCUACCCCUUGGGCCUGAGAAGAUGGUUGAGAAGGUCGUGGAGAUGAGGGGGGAGGGGGGAGUCCCUGCAUCCUUAGUGUUGCUGCAUUUGUUCUCGGGGGCUCCUCCCGAGCUCCAGUCACCUCAUCAGAGUGCUGGAUGGUCGAUUAAUCGCUUGUCGCAGUGGAUGGAUGGACAUCCGAGGGAAGAGGACAGGGUGGCGUUGAGCAGUGGACCUCUGCAGAAGUACGAGGGGACCAUCAGACAGAGAGGGAUGAAGAACUUUCAUCCAUUGUUUCCCUUGAUGAUGAAGCUGACGAGUCUUGGGGAUAAGUGAGUUGAG